UAAGCCACACCUCCUCGCAAGUCCCGCCCACCACUUGCCCCGCCCCUCCCGCUCCUCGCUUCUGGGCCCUGGCGGUGGCUUUCGCGUGCGCGAAGAUGGCGGCUGCUGCGGGAAGGCUACUCCAGGCCUCGGUUGCUCGGCAUGUUAGUGCCAUUUCCCGGGGUUUUUCUGCCCCUGGAGCCCUGGGGUCUGUUGCUUCUAGAAGAACCGGCUUGACAAACAUACUAUGGUCUGGCUCUACUCAAGCAAAAUUUGCCUUUAGCACCAGUUCCUCAUCCCAUACUCCUGCUGUCACGCAGCAUGCACCCUAUUUUAAAGGCACAGCCGUUGUCAACGGAGAGUUCAAAGAGCUGAGCCUCGAUGACUUUAAAGGGAAAUACUUGGUGCUUUUCUUCUACCCUUUGGAUUUUACCUUUGUGUGUCCUACAGAAAUCGUUGCUUUCAGCGAUAAAGCCAAUGAAUUUCAUGAUGUGAACUGUGAUGUGGUUGGUGUUUCAGUGGAUUCCCACUUUACCCACCUUGCCUGGAUCAAUACUCCAAGGAAGGAUGGCGGUUUGGGCCACAUGAACAUCACACUAUUGUCAGAUCUAACUAAGCAAAUAGCCCGGGACUACGGGGUGCUGUUGGAAGGUUCUGGCAUUGCACUCAGAGGUCUCUUCAUAAUUGACCCCAAUGGUGUCAUCAAGCAUCUAAGUGUCAACGACCUCCCAGUGGGCCGCAGCGUGGAAGAAACCCUCCGUUUGGUGAAGGCAUUCCAGUUUGUGGAGACCCAUGGAGAAGUCUGCCCAGCCAACUGGACUCCUGAUUCUCCUACGAUUAAGCCAAGUCCUGCGGCUUCCAAAGAGUACUUUGAGAAGGUUCAUCAGUAGCUCAUCCCGUGUCCAGUGUUCACCUGCAGCUUCUCGUGCUAGAAAAGAGCCACAGCUGGAACCCUUUCAGCAUUUGGAAGAUUAUUUAUAGAGGCAAAACCUAAUCAUGCUUAUCCUUAUAAAUACCACUUUCCAUAGUUUAUAACACUGGCUAAGUCUUCUCAAGGUGGCUAGCUGAGUUCAUAGGCCUCCUUACUUGGGAGCAAGUUCCCACAGAAUAUCUGGUCCUAUUUUUCAGAUCAUGUUCUCAGAGGUAAACACUCUUCUUCUUAGCCUGCCUUGAACCUUCUCCUCUGAAGUCACAGUCUCUGAAAGCUUCUGAUCCAGGUCCUGAAAUUUCUUCUUGAAUUUCUGUGUAUGAAACUGAACUUCCCCUUAGUGUGACAAGAGUCAUGCUUUGACAUGUUAGCAUCAGUAGUCUAAGUUAACUCUUGAAUGUAUGUGUGAUGGAAAUACAUGUGAAUCAUGUCAUUAAAAACAUGGUGGUAAAGUGACUGAAACAGUCAUGCA